AAAAAAUUCCCCUCUCCAAUCUGCGGCGAUCGGAGACCGAAUCAGCCUCCUCUCCCGAAUCAGAUCUCUUCAAAGUCUCAAUCUUCUCUCCCAGACCCCCUGAAUUGUCACGAUGGGCAUUUCAUCGGCUCAACCAAUUGAUCCGCCGUCAUUCGAGAAUCCCUCUUCAGAUAUUUCAUCAUCCUCCUCGACGCUGUGGCCGUUGAAAAGCCGCUGCGUACAUGGGCGGAAACAUCAACUCCUGGUUGGCUCUCAUCCUCCGAUUCGUAGCCGUCUCAGAUCCACUGUCGAUCUUAAUCCCAAACCCACUAUCCCUUAAAACGAUGGGAAGGCAGAAAGGCAUAGCGCUUCAUCUUGCCAGCUAUCAGAAAAUUCCCUUCUCACAGCUUUGGAGGAUACACUCCGGCGUCGUAGAAGGAUGAUCCAGAAGUGGGCAAUUCCAAUAGGAGCGGUUCACCUUGCUUAUGGAGAUGAACCAUAUGGGAGCCAAAUGGAUCUUCUUGGCCUGAAGCACUAAUAUCAAGAUAUCAUUGUCAAUUUUUUUUUUUUUCAUUUUAUUCUUUUAUAUUCUUUUAUCUUGAAUUGUAUCAUUUAAUUUUUGGAUUGGAGCUUGUUUUGUAUUUAAUUUUACACAAACUCAACAUUUCAUGUUGUUCACAACACACACAUCACUCAAUAUGCAUGGUACUUAAUAUGAUUACAUGGCAUAGAUUUUAAUAAUCUUAAUUUGAGAGAUAAUAUAAAUAACCACUGGAGGGAUAUUAUGCAUGUUUGGUUAAUGUCAGCGCAUGAGAUAUAGGUUUCAAGAUUGAAGAUCGUAAUUUCAUCAUAGGAUGAGAGUAAAAUGGUUUCAUUAGGAGAGUGCUAUUUUUAAUUUUUUAAUUGUAGAAUAAUAUUGUAAUGUAAAAGAAUAUAUGAAAAAAUUGUUA